AGGAUGUAUUUAUUCCUCGAGUUUUAGAACGUCAAAGAAAGGAUGGAAUUAUGGGAAAGGUGGUUUUACUCCUCGAUAAUGCUCCAUCCCAUCCGAGUUUGGACGAACUCAACGCGAUCAAUGAAAACUUUCAAGUUUUAUAUUUGCCUCCUAGUGUGCCAGCAUUAAUUCAGCCCAUGACUCAAGGAUUAAUCGCGACGACGAAAAAACUCUUCAAGAAAGAUUUGUUGCGACGUUUAUUGCUCAGUAAAAAAUCAGAAGGAGCUGUUGAAUUUUUAAAAGAAUUGGACCUUCCUGAUUGCUUUGGAAUGCUCAGUCUCGCCUGGGACUCGGUGAAAUCAUUUACUGUUCAAAAAGCAUGGCAACCACUCUUAGGCGACUUACUCUUUCGCCAAGAAGAAAAGGAUCCUCUUUCCAUCGAUGAUGCAGUUGUCAACGAGCCGGAAUUCCCAACCGAUUUAAUCACUCUCCAUUAUGAAACUUGCGACAAAAUUUCGGAAUUGUUGUCGGGACCAAAUUAUUCUGUCGAAAAGUCAAGACAAUUUCUCCUCCAGUGGUUUGAAAAUAAUUACAAUGACAACGACUGCGGCUGGGAGUUAUCAUCAGACAGUGAAAUCGUAAACUUUAUUUUAACUGGUAGUCGCGAGUCUGAAUUUUUAUUAAAAAACAAAACUAUGGCUGAAGAUUCGGAUACUAUGCGAGGCCGAAAUUGUGCCUAAAAUUGAAAACAGCGAGACUAUUUUUGAAGAUUCUGGAUCUAUGGAAGUAACUUCGUCGUUGGAGGCUUUUGACUGCCUCAUGAAGCUUAAAAGUUGGGCGAAAUCGCAAAAAGAAUG